AUGGAUUAAUCCUAAGGUGUAAAUGACAUAGCUCAUGUAUUCAAAAUUAUUUUACUUGGUAAUUCUGUCAUUUAUUUUAGGAAGCACUGCUGUUGGAAAAUCAUAGAUUUUACUCAGAUUUACUAAAGACUAAUUUAAUCUAUCUUCUAAUACCACAAUCGGUGUAGAAUUUAGUGCAAAAGUCCUAGAAAUUGAUAACAAAAAAAUUAGAGUAUAAGUAUGGGACACAGCAGGUUAAGAGAAAUAUAGAGCCAUUGCAAAAGCAUAUUACAAAGGUGCAGUUGGUGCUUUUCUAGUUUACGAUAUCACAAAAAAAAAUACAUUCUUGGAGGUGGAUAGAUGGUUGCAAGAAAUCAGAGAAUAUUCUGAUUAAUAAAAUCUAGUUCUUAUGCUUAUUGGAAAUAAGGUAAAUUUGUAUUAGAACAAUCCUAGAAUGAUUUAGAAGCCAAUAGAUAAGUGAGCAAAGAGGAAGCCAUAAAGUAUGCUUAAUCUAAAAAGAUGGGAUUUUUAGAAACUUCAGCAUAAACUGGACAUAAUAUAGAAUUCGCAUUUAAAUAGAUAGCUGAAGGUCUAAUUUCUUGAUAAUAUAGAAAUUUUAAGAGAUAUAAGUGAGACUUAAGAUGAUGAUGAAUUUGAAUAAACAAAAGCUUAGUAUAGUAAGAAUAAGGGCCAAACUUCAAAUGCUUCAGUCUUAAAGGCAGCUGAUCACCAAGUGAAAAAAAAAAAUAAUAAUUCUUCUGGAACUUGUUGUUGAUU